UGGGAACAGGGAGGCGGCGCUGCCCAAACGGGAGAGAGGGGUUGGCGGGAGUCGGUCGGCACCUGCGUAGCGGACCAGACGCGCGUCGCCUUUUCCGUUGAGGGGCAGCCGCUCUCCGGCCACCGGGUGGUCUGUUACGUUGCGCCCUCGGCUCUUCUGCGGAUCCGGCGGGUUAAGCCAGAGCUAGAGCCUCCUGUCUCUGGGCGUCCAGGCCGAAUGGAGGCUGCCGGGGGCGCCGCUGCGGCUCCUGGAGUGAAACCCAAAAAAAAGAGAAGACGUGGCAUGUCAAGGGAUGUUGAAGUGGAAGAUGAAACUGAACAUGAGCCAGAAUCUGCACUUGAUUAUGAUGGUGAUGAAGAAGAUGAAGAAGAGGAAGAAGAAGAAGAGGCUGAAGAUUAUGAGGAAGAAAUCGAACCGCAAUAUUUAUAUUGUGAAGAAGACAUGAACAACAACAAGAUUGAAACUAAAGUUGGUGUACAAGAGUGGCCUGAUGGUUCUAGCUAUAGAGGAGAAUUUGCAUUGGAUCUAAAACUUGGGUAUGGAGAAUUUGCGUGGGACAAUGGUGAGAGAUAUGUGGGGCAGUUUUAUAAAGAUCACCGUCAUGGCAAAGGGGUUUACUUCUGGCCUGAUGGCUCCAAAUUUAUAGGGUCAUUUUAUCUUAGCCGUAAAGAAGGCUACGGUGUCAUGGAAUUUAACGAUGGAAGAAAAUUUCAGGGGCUUUACAAGGGUGAUGAGCGGUUUGGACCAGGAAUUGAAACCCAUCCAGAUGAUAGCCAAGACAUUGGAUUGUGGCAUCGAAAUCAUAUAAUUAAACUAUGUACGGAAAUACCUGGAUAUUUCACUCUUGCGGAUUUCCCAGAACUUAGUGUCUAUUUUGAUGCUGAGACCAGCAGAGAGUAUAUUUCAGAGGAUACGCAUAAGUUUUGGGAUUUGAAUGAGGAGAAGGACCCAUUUUUCUACCACUACAAGCGUCUUCUUUUAGAUGAUGAUAGCUACACAUUGCCUGAAAACCUGUACAUAUACUCAAUUGAUGCGGAUAAUCUUCCUCAUACUAAGACCUUCCUGAAAGACUUUGAUUGCCAGUAUUUUAAGGAAAAGAAACGGUUGGCUUAUGAAAAACUAUGGCCUAUAACCAAUAUAACCCCUUUCUUGGUCAGGAUGCAGAAACACAUCUAUAGAUAUAGGCAUUACCAGAAGGACGUGGACUGGGAUGUUAAUUUCAUUUUGGAAGGCUACCGGAAUGGCUUUGGAGAGAAAGGUCCCAAAGAGCUUGCUGGUGAAGAGCUGAUUAAGAAGGCAGCCGAAGGAAACUAUAAUAGAGUUGAUGAGAUUCUGAUGGACAACCUGGCCCCAGAUAUAGCAGAUGUACAUGGAUAUACUGCCCUUGCUGCUGCUGCUAUGAAUUACCAUGAUGACAUCAUCAACCUUCUUCUUGAUAAUGGGGCUGAUGUGAAUAAAUGUAGUGAUGAAGGAUUAUCAGCUCUUUCUAUGUGUGUUAUUCAUUAUUUCCCAGAAGAAUCAUUUCAGCCCAACAUUGCUGAAAGGAACUUCUCUCGAAGAGAGGCGAUGGAAGAAAUGCUAGAAGAAAUAUCUCCAGGAUCUAUGCCAUUUUCGCAAUCGGAGUCCUCUCAACCAUCUCAGCCGAGUACAGAAUUGAAAGGAUCCUCUUCUGCCAGCCAUGCAUCACCAGAAGCACUGUCGAGCUCUGCUGAAAAGUCAGAACGUGGCACAUAUGUUAAGUCAUCUGAGGAAUCGGAGAACAGCGUUGUAGAAAAGAGCUCUGAGACAAAUUGUGGCAUUUACAACUUCAAGAUUCAGGUUUCGGUAGAAGCCAUGCAGCGCGGUGCAGCUGCUCUUAGUGAACACAUGUUAAAAGUGCCAUACUUCGCUGACUGCGAAGGGCUCGUUCAGCAGGAAGGCACUUUGGGAAGAAUGGCAGCAUCAAUAACAGAACACGCAAAGAGACUGGCUACUAUCAAGCUGCUGCUCAGGAGAGGUGCAGAUCCCAAUAUGUGCAGAAUCCCUAUGUAUGUCCUCUUCUUUGCUGUUAAAGCUGCAGAUCCAAAUGCAGUGAGAUUUCUUUUAGAAGCUGGAGCAAGGACUGAUAUACGACUUCCGACCAGACUUGGAGGCACAGCUCCUCUUCAUAUUGCUGCUGCUCUUCCUGGUGAAGAAGGGGUUGAAAUAACAAGCUCACUACUUCAUUCAGCUACAGAUCCUAACGUAAGGGCGGAGGAUGAGAAUGAUAUAUAUGGUCCUGAUAGGACUUCAUACAAGAAUGAGCUUACUGAAAAUAUAUCUAUGAUUAAAAUGAAUAAUGAAAUGGGACCACCCAAAAACUACUACAAAGAAUGUGCCAUUAUCCCAGAGGAAGGUGGGAGGACACCUCUUCAUAUUGCAUGUGAGAGGGAAGAUGAUUAUGAGAAUGCAAGCAGAGUUGUUCGUCUUCUUUUAGAACACAAUGCAAAUCCAAAUGUCUUGUGGAGUGGCCACUCCCCUCUUUCUCUGGCUAUAGCUAGUGGAAAUGAUCAGGCAGUGGCUGAGCUUCUGGCUGGUGGAGCUGAACCAAAUCUCCCACUAGGCCAAGUAGUUGGAAGUGCCCUGUGUGCUGUCGCUAACACAACCUAUGAAUUUAAGAGGACGCUAGCAAGUAAGAUUGCAUUGAUUAAUUCUCUAAUAGCAGGAGGUGCAGACAUGUUGAUGCCAAUUACUAUUGGGGAUGAGACAAGAACUGCAGUGGGAACAGUGGUGGACUAUGCACAUUUCAGAAUCUAUCAGGAUAAGAGAAUGCUCCAUACACCGUACCAUGCCCUAUCGCCGACAGAGCGGGAAACCUUCACCAGCCGUAAAAAGUUGUUGGAGUACCUCAGUGAACGGCUUCGAGAGUGCGUCACGUCGAGAGAAAAACAGUGGGAUAGAGAGGAAAUUCGAAGACUCAAAUACGGAAGAAGGAAAUCUGGAGCGGGAGCAAUGGAAGGAGAUGCACCCAAAGUCUUUAAAUAUUGCUACCAAUGUGGACGAUCAGUUGGUGUGAACCUCUCAGUAUGCACGCGCUGUUUUGAGAUCUACACCUGCAGCAAGACUUGUAAAGUGAAGGCUUGGAAUGACCGUCAUAAGAGAGAAUGUGUCCUAGAUGCUAACUCAGCUGAUUUUUGUGGGGAAGAAGAAGAGAGUACUCUGGAGGUGCGUAUAACCAAGUCUGGUCGGAUUCAGAAGGGCAAAGUGGCUCCAACCAGAAAGAAGAAGGAAGGCAAAGAGGGAGAAAGUGAAAGAGCCAGACGUAGAAGAGAGGAGGAGGAGAAAAAGAAGAAGAAGCAAUUGAAAGAUACGACAAAACAACUGAAAGAGGCAGUGUCAAAACACCCUGAGAAGAGCAGCAGCCAUGCAGAUCUCCCUUAUACUGGGAACUAUAGUUACAUUUAAAUGCUUCUGCCUUUUACUGGUACAGCUCAGCUGUAAUUUGAUGUGAAAAAUGCUACAUAAGGGAGAAUGGGGGGAAAGGACGCUAGAAGAUAUAAUCAAAGGAACUUUGCAUUCUUGUGUCAGUACUGAAACCCAUUUACAUUAUUUAAAGUGAGGUUGGGUAACGUGGACGUAUCUGUAUCUUUCCAAGGUCAGUUCUUCUAUACAAACAUAAAACCAAAGUUUUUCACAUUUAAAGAAUACAAAAAUAUAUAAACAGUUCAAAACACUUGGGAUUAGCUGGUAGGCAAGAGGGCAAAAAAUCUGCUUGUUUUUCAGCUACUGCCUUGUCGUUCCAGACAUCAAGGGCUUUAGUUUGUUUCUACCUGGUGGCAAUAGGACUUUUGCCUGCUAAUUGUGAGUACUCAGUGGAAAGUAGUCUUUUCAAAGCAAUUUAGGCUUCACAUACCAGGGCCUUUGCCUAUGGUAGUCUUUUUGUUCUAAGAACUGGCAGCAGUAGGAAAUGUGUGGGAUGAAAUAUUUUGCAUGUGUACAAUUAGUAGGGAGAUAAAUACAGCUGGUCCAAUAAAUGAGGAAGCAAACUCAGGUUCCAGUCCUUAAUCAGUGAACAUUUACUGACUCAAGCUUUGGGAUCUGAUGGAACAAAGUGGAAGAAUCUGGCCCAGAUUAUCUGUUGAUGUUAAUAGGAGAAUAUAGAAUUGAUCCCAAUACCAUUCAGUAGUAUUAGCUGAAGUGAUUGUUUUGAAAUUGUGGACUCUGUUUGAGAGGUACCUCAGCAACUGUAUUAGUGACCUGCACUGUUACAGAUCCUAUUGCAGUCAGUGGAAUUUUUUUUAGAGGUGGGUUGGAAGGCUCAGCAGGGGUUAGUGAUUACAACCAGACAUAAAAAGGUUAGCCACAGUAGAGUACAGUUAUUAUGCUUACUACUGAUUUCACUGAUUUGUGGUCCCUAUACUACAUUGUUAAAUGCAAGAAUCUGUUGACCUGAUUUUUUUGUGUCUGACAUAACUGGUUUUAAAUAUUGCACAAUAAAAAUAACUCUGAAAUACCAU